GUAAGAUUUCACAUCAUGUCACGAAAAGAAUCAGCUAAAAAAUCAGAAAUUUUGAACUUUUUUGAAAUUAAACCUAAAGCUGACAAAAUUGCCGUUUGCAACAUAUGUAAAACCGAUUUAAGUUAUAAAUCAUCCUCUAACAACUUACGGAAACAUAUGCAGAGGAAGCACCCACUAGUUAAAUUGUCUUCAAGUGAAAACGAAAGCAGAUCAAUGAUUAGUCCGACCUCUGAAGCAGAUUUUAAUGUUGAUCUUCCGUCAACUUCAGGAACAGCCUCAACGUCUAGUAGUGAUAAGCCAGAAUGCAUUAAAUCCAAACCAGCCCAAAUUCAACCAACAGUUAAGGCAAAAUAUGAAGAAGUUUAUAACAAAACCAAAGAGGAACUUAAAGGCGUAGGUUCUGUGACACUAACAACAGAUUGCUGGACAUCAUCUAGUACUGAGAGUUUUUUGGCUGUUACAGCUCAUUUAAUAGAUAAUAACUUUGAACUGAAACAUAGGGUAUUGGGAUGCGAUUCAUUUAGUGAGAGGCAUACAAGCGCCAACCUGGCUAGUGCCAUUAGAAAUAUUCUUGCCGAAUGGGACUUGGAAAAUAAAGUUCUAAUAUUUAUUUCCGACAAUGCUGCCAACAUUAAAAAGCCAUAA